AGUACAUCUUCUGUCAACCUUGAUCCGGAACCCAUUUUCAAGCUAUGUAAUCUAUUAUGACGUGUAAAGAAAAGCCAUCGAAAAGUAUUUUAAAAGCUGAUCACGAGAAAGCAACUACACUUGGAACAUACAAUAUUUAUACAAAACGUGCCAGUUUCAAAGAUGAUGUAAUUUUACAACAAUUUAUCCAAGACAAAUGUGAACCAACUACACCUUGUGUCAUUGAAGCUAAACUACCUAUCGCUCCUGAUGUAACCGAAGAAGAAUUAACACCUGAAGAAAUAUCAAGACGUAAAGAAUUCAAACAAAAACGUCGUUUGGUAGACUUAGAAGGUGCUGAUGGAUUAAGUUUGAAAGCUGUUCUAGCACAUCGUGUCUCUUUACCCGGUGUGGAAGGUGACGAUGAGGUAGAAAUGGAAGCUGAGAAAAAUGUAGAAGAAGAAGAAGACCAUGACGAAAUGAAAGCUACUGAUCAACAAUUUGAUCAGACAACUAAGCAAAAUCCCAGUGGAUCUAUCCAUGCAACGAAUAUUGAUGAUUCACUUUCAUUACUGUCCAAAUCAUGCAAACACCAAUCCGAUGUUGAAUGGAAUUUCUCUAAUAUGGAACAUGAAACAAUUAUCGAUAAAUUAUCGAAUAGAAAAUCUGAUCAAUCGAAUAGUUGUUGUGAAACAACAAGUAUUUCAUAUUCAGUUCCUAAUAUUGUGAACAAAUUGUCAACUUCAACGAUUCAAACAGUAGAAGAACAAACACCACCACCACCACCAAUAAUGACAACGAUAAAAAUCAAUAAGGAUAACAGAAAAUAACUUGCUAUUCUUCUAUUAUACCACUUAUCCUCAAAUGAUUAUUGUAGGUCAUUAUCCAUAUUACAUCACAUCAAUAUUUUUCACAUUGUGUGUCUCUGUUAUUCUCAACAUAAUCUUGACAUGUAAAGUAUGUUAAAAUUUUACUGUUUACAUUAUUUUUUGUUUCUGGAUUUUAGUCGUUUAAUCAAGUAUGUUGAGUCGAGAUGGUUUCCACUCUCUCUCUCUCUCUCACUCGCUAUCUCAUUGUUUCCCUACAAGUUAUCAAGCAUUUUAGUACUUAGAAUAAGAAUACACUUGUGUGAAGUGCUUGUAUACGGAGAGGAAACAGUUUUUCAAUAUUAUAUACAAUGUAUUAUUGCAUUUUUAUACUUAAUUUCUUUUAUCUAUAUAUUUUGUUAUCUUCUGAUAUUGAUGUUAAUCAUAGUUUAUUUGUUUAUCUAAUCAUCUAUGUACUCAUUUAGUUAUUUGCUUACUUACAUACCUGUAUACACCUACAUGUUGUAGUUGUCGGCUUUUUGUCAAGUUCUAAUGUUUCAUAUAAGAAGAGACUGUUUGUAUUUGUGUGUAAUGUAAUUUUUCAACAUUAGCGAUAUACUGCCUAAAGGUGAAGAUAUAUAACGACAAUAGUAAUAAUAGUAAUAAUAAUAAUAAUAAUA